CUCUAAGCCAUCGAAAGCCAAAGAGGGAUUGUUAUAUUACUACAAUGCGUCGGUGUUCCCUUAUCUACCGCUCCGAUCCGGUUGCCUAUACCUUGGGAAAUCUCUCCACUUUCUGUACUGGAGCGCGCUUCUUCAAGAGCUCACCUGUAAAACCCGGUGGUGGUAACAACAUGGAACCCUCCAAAUCCAAAUUCAAAUCGCCCAUCCCUCUUGAUGCCAGAGUCAACUCGUUCCAGCAGGUCUUGCGCUCAGCGUCAGCCUCAGACUCCCCGCUUAAUGGGUGGGAGAAGUGCUGGAAUGAAGGUCUAACACCUUGGGAUUUGGGGUCCCCCACCCCACUCCUUGUUCACCUUCACACCACGGGAUCCCUUCCAAAAGGCAGAGCCCUCAUACCCGGCUGCGGAGCCGGUUAUGAUGUGGUGGCAAUUGCAUGCCCUGAGCGUCAUGUUAUAGGUAUAGACAUAUCAGAGAGUGCCAUUAAGAAAGCAUCUGAACUCUCCUCCGGAUCACCAAAUGCAGAGCAUUAUAGUUUUUUAAAGACUGACUUCUUUACCUGGUGCCCUUCGGAGCUUUUUGAUCUCAUAUUUGACUAUACGUUUUUCUGUGCCAUUGAGCCAGAGCUAAGACCGACUUGGGCUAGAAAAAUUUGUGAUCUCCUGAAACCAGAUGGGGAACUAAUAACUCUGAUGUAUCCGAUUGAUGAUCAUGAGGGUGGGCCUCCCUACAGAGUAACAGCUACUGAUUAUGAAGAGGUGUUGGAUGGUGUGGGCAUGAAAGCAAUUCAGAUUGUAGACAAUGAGUUAGCUGUUGCUCCUCGAAUGGGACGAGAGAAACUAGGGCGAUGGAGGAAGAGAUGUGGUCAAUCCCAAUUAUCCGGAGUAUCCAAAUCCUCACUCUAACUUUGAGUAUGCAAACGCCAUUCUUUAGAUGUAGGUCGUUCCUGGGUGUUGCUCAAUUCGUGUUCCAAAUCUUUUGUUGGGAGGUAGGUAUAUGGAUACAAAUGCUAAAUUUCUGGACCAUGAGCAAAAAGGAAAUUCAACGAGGUAGAAUGUUAUACUCAAUUCCUUUGUCAGUGCAAAGGGUAUUUAUGGAACAACAAAGUUGAAUCCGAAUCAUUUGGGCAUAUUCAAUGUAUGAUUGAGGUAAUUCUGAAUGUUAUUUCAGAAAAUACAUUCACAUAAUCGUGAGUAAUUAUCUAUGAA